CGAGCAUGCAAAUUUGACGCCGUCGCCGCUCGACCGCAGCGGUAACAAACCUGGUGGCCAAGCGGCAAUAUCAGAAAUGAUGGUUCGCUUUGUGGUGCUGUGUUGUUUCGUAACGAUACCGAUUUCUGGUAGGUACGCUUGUAAAGGCGAGUUCUUCUGUUAGAGUCCGUCUGAUGCCGAUAGUUUGUAGAUUGAUUCAGGAAAUAAUAUUCUUAGCGCCUCUUGAGAGAUAUGGAUUGAAGUGCGUAAAUUACUUUUGUCGUCCAGGUUUUAGUUAUAGUCGUGCUCGUAGAGAACCUAUCUGAAAUUUGGAAACGUGAAGCGAUCGACUAUAGAAUUUGAGAAUUCGGUCGCUGAAUGGCACAUUUCACCGGCAUCACUGAAACAUUUUCAAAUGCGUAGCUGUUUAUUAUUCAGUAGAAUACAAGCACAGAAUCCAUCUGCAUAACUAACCUUAGAAACACUGAAUAACAUGGCUAAAUAUUUUAAUGCAGAACUAUUUAUUUGCAAUAACGGGCUACCGCCACUACAAACGUGUCGCUUUUACGUCGAAUCAUCAAAACAUUUUUCUCAUCGACUGUCCAUUCCACAUGGACAAUAUUACGCAAAACAAAACAUUUUUGUAGUGUUUUGAUCUGUCUCAAAUUGUAUACAUUUACUUGCGUGUACAUCGUUCAGUUUCAACCUAAAUAGCGCUCCCUAUAAAAAUUUCAUAUCGCGAAUGUAUGUUUUAACGAGAUAAUAUUUCCCCCAAAGACAAGUUUAUUUCGUGAUGUGGUCGAACACAAACCGCACUAUUUAAAAUUGCCAAAUGAACAAGGCUUGAGGGCAUAGCUUAAGUUCCAUUUGAAAAAUAAAGCACUCCAAAGACGAUCUUCGAUAUCAUUGUUAGACUAAAAUUUGCAUGUUCUCGUGCGUCACGCAAUUUGUUCCAAAUGCAUCGUAGGACGAGAGAAGAGUCAGUAGACCAAAUGCCUUGGCAAAGUUCAAAAUAUGAACAUGUUAUUAACUAGUUUUACAUACGACUAUAUAAAUAUUCUUAAGGAAAGCUUUUGACCAUAAUUAUAAAUUAAUCACUUUAAAAAAUGUUGAAAGUGUCUCAGCGGUACUGGUUGUUGAAUUGUUAUCAUGGUGUUUUCUUGUCACGCGAUAAUUAAACAACAUUUACCAUCUUUUUUUGCUUUCUUUUUUAAAUACUUCUUUGAAAUUUGCAUCAGUUCACGACACCAAAAUAAAGAUGAUUACAUUUGACAGCUAACUGAAAACUAAUACGUUGCCAGUCGUUGGUUGAUUUCUACCAAUUAAAUGCCACGAAAAUCACAUAAAGUUCUAUUUAAAAAAACAUUAAACACCCAAGGAAGAGCAGAUGUAAGGUAGAUGUAAAUCCGCAUGGAUUCUUUUUUUUGCUCCUCAGAGUCUAGACUUGAAAGUAAAUAAUUUCAAUAUUUUCUGUCUUCCUUUCUGACUCGCGACUCCUCUAAAGUUAAAUUUGUAUGAUGCUGUCAUUUUAGUCACGUUGUAGAAAGAAAACAUCUUUCUAUUUCCUUUUGAGUACUUUGCCUUCUGACUUAAUUUUCUUAGAAAAUAUCUGGCAUUUCCCCAUUUGUGUUACAAAAUUAUUCAGCUGCUUUUAGUGUCUUUAUAAAUAUGAUCUUAUUUCUUUUUAAAUGUUUAUAUUUGCGUCUAUAUAUUUACAAUUACAAAUAAUGUUUAACAAUAGGCCAUUUCUGAAUUACCUCAUUUUCAAAGCGAGUCCUGGUGCUCAUCCUUUCAUAUGAUAAUAGGUUUUCAUUCACAUGCAAAUAAAACUCAGUCACAUACGACUGGUUGAGCAUCAGGCCUCGUUUUGAAAAAGAGGCAAAAGGUAUUUCAGAAUGACCGACCUGUAGGUUAGCGUACUGUAGCCUUAUCCCCCUCCCUUCUUCCGUUACUCCUCUGGGGGAAGGGUGCGGCUAAACGUGAGCUAACUAGAGGUGAAUAGUGGUGGAUGCUUACGGAGCUGCAAAGCGGUCAAGGAUAUAUCAACCACUUUCACCCACAGUAGUGAAUUACUAAUUACUUCCGAACCAGCCAAUCAGUGUGCACGAAAAGUACUAUGUGUACUUAUCUCAUUUAUUAAAUAUCUAUAUUUAUUACCUAACUCAUAUUAAAAGCGAUAAUUUUACAAUCGUAGCUUACUUUCGGCCCCACCUAGCUGAGUAAUAAAUAGAUAGUAAUCGGUAGUUAUUUGUAAGGCAGAAAACACCCAAAUAUGAUGCGCCAAUCUUCCAACACAAUUGGGUGUCCACAUAUCGCAAGGAGAUAUAUCUAAGAUAUUAAAGAAGCUAGCUUUGAAUUGCCGAAAAAAACAAUCAUGAAGAUUAGGAGUUUUUUCUGUUUGUAAGAAAACCCUUGCGAGGAAACACUUUUCUUUAUUAAACAAAAAUAGUCAAAACUCUGAGACUAGAUCAGAGAAUUCCAGAAUUGAACCCACUAUUUUGAUGUAAAUUUUAGUAGAAAAAGUCAAUUCGAUUUUUAGUGUACCUUUGUGAUCGGCCUCCUGAUUAGUAGAGGGUGAUCUAAACUUGAUUAUUUUCUGUAUUUUCAGUCUGGACGCGGGAAUGUUUCCACUGCCUUGAUAUAGCGUCAAGAUGCAAACCAGGCACUAACAUCUCGACGAUUCUAGAAUGUACUGAUCCUACUAAUCGAUGUUUUUGGAGGAAGGUUACAGGUGAAACAAGAGAAGGGGAUAUGAUAGAGCGAGGCUGUACCAAUGAAGACGGCUGUGAUAUAAUGAUGAAAGCAUGCGAAAACUCUGGUGAUUGCAAAACUACAUGCUGCCAUCAAGACCUGUGCAACAGUGCCGUUGCCAAUGGCAUUACGUCGAACACGUGCACAUUCUUAGGUCUGCUGGUUAUAAUACUCAUAUUGAGGUGGGAGGUUUCUUGAAUAUAUACUUCAGAAAAACAAGGAUCGGAGGGCAUCAAUUAAUUUCACGCUCGUCCGAGUUUUCUUUCCCACCUCAUGUUUGUUUACAAGUCUUCAAGCUCUCCUGGAAGAAAUUCCACGAUUUUCUAGGAUUCCGUCUGCGUAACUGUGUGUGUUAUAUCACUUCAGUUCAUUACUUUUUCCCAGGCUUUCUCUACCGCUGAAUUGGUGCGGACUGGAUACUAACAUCGAGAAAAGUCUACUUUUGUUUAUAUCCCGUACGAGCGUUAGUGCAUCUUUGUUAAAAAUGCGGAUGUAAAUAAGCAGACACGACGCGUCAACGAAAAACUAAUAUUCCAAAUUUUUUGAAAGCGAGUCCACAACUCAAAUUUGCAAUAAUUAACAACUACUCACCGGACUGGGGGUGGCUAGUGGCGGAUAUUCACCGAACCACGAAGCGUCGAGGCAAAUACCCUCCGCUGGCCACCGACACUGAGGUGAAUAGCUAUUUUAGUAUCUUUGAAACAGUGAGAGAAUAUAACACUAAAAGAUCAUUUUAAUCAAUUUAUUCCUGCAACGACUAGAGUAUUUUCGUGCGCGUUGCCCAGGGGUAAAUUUUAAAUGAUAUACUGAUUUAUGAUAACAUGACACCGACCCUCAGACUUAAAUUUAUGACCCAACUUUUCAGCUCGAGAAUUUUUUAGAGAUCAGUAGAUACAAGAAGAAACAAUUUACGUAAACUUAAGUUCCAUAACUGUUCUUCGGGCUUAUCUAAUUUAUUUAUCCUUACUUUGCAAUUUGAAUAAAAGAAUUUGAACGAACGAGCUCCGUCUUAAACUUGUCAAGCAGUGAGUUGACAACGAAACACUUCCUACAGCUUUUGAGGCCCUCCCAAAAGAACCAUAUCUUUUGCAAAACUGCGAAACACAUUGGGGGCACUUUACAACACUCCUCAAGAGUCGUG